AUGGCCCAGACCUGCCCGUUUCCCGGCGUUCCUCUCCUCUCCCCGCCUCCCUCUCUCCCCUUGCCGGGCCCGGCCAUGCCCCCAGCCCGCCCCCGGCCCCGGCCGGGGCUGCCCCGUUCCCGUCCCCGUCCCCGUCCCCGUCCCCGGGCGUCCCGCCGCAGUCUCGCCUCCGCCCGGCUCUGGCCGUACUGGCGGUGGCGCUGCUGGGCGGGCAUCAGUGCCUGGGGCUCGGGCGGCAUCGCCGCCCUUUGUCUCCGCCUGGCCCGAGCCCGGCCCCGGCCCCGACGCCGGGCCCGACGCAUGGUCCAUCCCCGACCCCGACCCCGGCCCCAGCUCCUCCCGGGGCCCGCGGAGGACACACGCGGCGCGGCCGCUCCCGCCGCCUCCGCUGCGGCUUCCCCGGCCCGAGCUCCGCCGCUCGGCAGCGCGGCCGCCGGCCCCGAGCCUCCCGUGUCGCGUUCCCAAGAGCGAACGCCCGGGGAUGGCCGGCCCGGGGCGGGUGAGGGGCGCUCGGGGGCCGUAGCUGGCCCCGGGCCGAGCGCUGACAGCCGCGUCCCGCCCGCAGGGAAGGCGCAGGAGGCCCUGCAGGAGCGGUACCGGCUGGGUUCGCUGCUGGGGCGCGGCGGCUUCGGCAGCGUCUUCGCGGCCACGCGGCUCUCGGACGGCGCCCCGGUGGCCAUCAAAAGGGUGCCACGAAACCGUGUCCGGUACUGGGGCGAGCUGCCCGACGGCACCAGCGCACCGCUGGAGAUCGUGCUGCUGGACAAGGUGUCCACCGGCUUUCCUGGUGUGGUGCAGCUGCUGGAGUGGCUCGAGCUCCCCAACAAAAUUGUGAUGGUGCUGGAGCGGCCAGAGCGGUGUCAGGACCUGCGGGAUUUCAUUCGGGCACGGCGGUUCCUGUCCGAGGAGGUGGCGCGGGAGCUGUUCCGCCAGGUGCUGGAGGCCGCGCGGCACUGCACCAGCUGCGGGGUCCUGCACCGCGACAUCAAACCAGAGAACAUCCUGGUUGACCUGGCCACCGGGCAGGCCAAACUGAUUGACUUUGGCUGUGGCACCUACCUGCAAGACACAGCCUACAUGCACUUUGCAGGAACACCGUCAUACAGCCCCCCAGAAUGGAACCACUAUGGCUGGUACCACGGCAGGGCAGCAACGAUCUGGUCCCUGGGCAUCCUGCUGCACCAGAUGGUCUGCGGGGAGCACCCUUUCAGGAGGGGCUGGAACAUCUGCUGGGGCCAGCUCUCACUGCCACAAGGGCUCUCUCAAGAGUGCAAAGAUCUGAUCAGGUGGUGUUUAUCUGUGCACUUCUUGGACAGACCCACAUUAGAAGACCUGUUCUGUGAUCCUUGGGUGCAGGAUAUUCCUCUGCCAUAGAAGAAGGGAGAGAGCCACAGGCACACUUUGAUCCAGG